CCUGUAAUGGUAUGUUGGCGAAGGAGAGGAGGCUUCAGUUUCACCAGAAGGGGAGAAGUAUGAACUCCACAGGGUCUGGAAAAAGCAGUGCAACUGUUUCAAGUGUUUCUGAAUUACUGGAGCUCUAUGAGGAAGACCCAGAAGAAGUGCUCUAUAACCUUGGGUUUGGAAGAGAUGAACCAGAUAUUGCUUCAAAAAUUCCAGCAAGAUUUUUUAAUUCAUCAUCAUUUGCCAGAGGGAUAGACAUCAAAGUGUUUUUGAAUGCCCAAAUGCAGCGCAUGGAAGUGGAAAAUCCAAAUUUUGCUUUAACGAGUCGCUUUCGUCAGAUUGAAGUGCUUACUACUGUGGCCAAUGCCUUUUCUUCUUUAUAUUCUCAAGUCUCUGGGACUCCGCUACAGAAAAUUGGCAGCAUGAACUCAGUGUCCUCCAGCAAGGAGGCGCCCAGCCCUCCCCCUCUGAACCGCAGCAACACGGCCAGCCGGUUGAUGAAGACCUUGUCCAAGCUCAACCUGUGUGGCGCGCAGCAGGCCGACGGCGGCGGCUGCUCCACGCCGUCACCGGUUGACAGAGGGAAAGGUCCUGCAGAACUAGGCAGUGAGGAAAACGAUGCUAAAAAUGAAUCCAAAUUGCCAAAACACUCCAAAAAGAAAGACUCGCCCUCCUUGUUGGCUACUGUAAGGGAGGAGAUGGCUGCUUAUCAGACAAAUACUACGGACGUGCACAAACCUGCAGACCUUCCUGCUGGAACUAAUGGUGAGCAGGAGAGCACUGUGCCGUACAGCAAGCUGGCAAGCUCCCAGCACAGAGUGUGUGAGGAAUCUCAGCUUCUGGACUCUCCCAACCUUAGCAGUGAUUCUAACGCCUCUAGUGAGUCUGAGAGUAGCACUCAGGUGCAAAGGCCUCCCACGUCAUCGCCAAGUAGAGAGCCCUGUGCUCCAAUAGCAAAUCCAUCCAUAAUGAAUCUCAUGCUGCCGCAGAAGGACUCCUUUGAGAUGGAAGAGAUCCAGAGCACAGAGGGAGACCUACCGCAUGUUCCUGCUUCUCACCAGCUGGUAGUGGCCAAGUCAAGGAAGGAUCAGUUGUUACGGACUGCUAGCCAGCACUCCGAUAGCAGCGGCUUCGCAGAGGAUUCCUCCACGGAUUGCUUUUCAUUUAAUCACCUUCAGGUUCAUGAGUCGCUGCAGGGCAUGGGAAGCAGCGCGGACAGCUGUGACAGCGAGACAACGGUGACGUCGCACAGCGAGGAGCAGAAGACGCCCAUAGCCAAGGAACUGCUCUUUUUCAAUAAGUUUGAGGAGGAGGAGGAGGAGGAAGAUGAAGAGGAUGAUGAGGAAGAAGAGGAUGUUCUCUCUGAAAUGGAGAGACAAAAGAUAGAGGCACCUUCUGAGAACAGAAGGAAAGACAGUAAAAGCAUUCCUGAAUUUGAAACUGAACAAAUGCAAGGAGAAAGCAAGUCAUCUCAUACACCAGAGACAGUUCAAGCAGAGGUCAGCUCCAAAGGGGAAGGCCUUUCCAGUGAGCAAAAAGAGCUGGAGCUACUGGAGGAAGGCAGUGAUGACAGUGACCUUGACAAAAGCAGCACAUUUGAAUUUCCUCAGUACCAAACACACCAUAUCCUGAAGCCAGCGGAAUCUCUUGAAGCUGGUGACUCGUCGCCUUCCUCCGUGGACAGGGUCCACGUGGCACUGCAGAGAGCCCAGAUGAAGAUUGUUGGCACGUCUGAUUCCAGGGCAGGACGUACCCUGCUUAAGUCCAAGGACCUCCUCAGGAAGCAGAGGUGCUGGUUUGCUGAGACGGGCUAUCCCCUCAGGCGGUCUCAGUCUCUCCCAACUGCCCUGCUGAAUCCAGUGAGGGUGGUGUCCUCUGUGAACGUCCAGCUAGCUCCAGGAAAAGAGACUUUGUGCAGUCCUCCUUCUUUCACCUACAAGUACACCCCUGUGGAGGAUGACGAGAACCUGACAUCUGAGAAGGACAAGCUGGAGGAUAAGCCAGCUGCCAGUCAGCCUGUGUGCAAAUCCACCCUGUUCAUUGCUCCUUCAUCCUCCAAAAGAGAAAUGUCCCAGAGCGGGCCCAGCAGACUGCCCGAGGAGCCCGGUCACAGCAGGGUACAGAGCUGCCCGCUGCACAUCCCUGCACACAUGUCCCAGUCGGUCUGUUCUCUCCACUCGCUUCCCUCCGAGUGGCAGGACAGGCCUCUCUGCGAGCACAUGAGGACCCUGAGCACCCACAGUGUCCCAAGCCUCUCGGGCUCCUCCUUCGGCGCAGCGCUCUCCCCCUUCGGCUGUCCCUUCUCCCCGAGGCACCCUGGAUAUUCCCACCGGCCUCACGGCAUCAAUCCGCCCUCCACCGUGGAGAUGCAGCUGCGCAGAGUCCUGCACGAUAUCAGGAACUCUCUGCAGAAUCUCUCUCAGUACCCAGUGAUGAGAGGUCAUGAUCUUUCAGCUGCCACCAGUUACACUACUCAGAGAUCAUCCAUUCUACCUCUGUAUGAAAAUACUUUCCAGGAGCUACAAGUGGUGAGGCGAAAUCUAAACUUAUUCAGAACCCAAAUGAUGGAUUUGGAAUUGACCAUGUUACGUCAACAGACCACGGUCUAUCAGCACAUGACUGAAGAGGAAAGAUAUGAAGCUGAUCAGCUACAGAGCUUGAGGAAAUCUGUCCGCAUGGAGCUACAGGAGCUAGAAAUGCAGCUAGAAGAACGUCUGCUGGCUUUGGAAGACCAGCUGAGAAGUCUGCACAUGUCUUCACCUUACAGACCUCAGACACAUAUGGGUCUUUAUGGCAGCAGAAGUACUGAUAAUCUUUCAUGCCCUUCUCCACUGAAUGUCAUUGAACCCGUCUCUGAGCUUAUUCGAGAGCAGUCAUUUCUGAAGUCUGAAUUGGGUUUAGGACUGGGAGAUGUUGGACUGGAAACUCUGCCAGCAGAGGGUUCAGAGUCUGUGUUCUCUCAUGGAAACUCUGAUUCUUCUUCAGUGUGCUCCAGUCAUGCGAGUAGGAAAGCUGGUGGUGGAUCUUCUGAGCUAACAGGAAAGUCUAAGAGUCAAAGCAAGAAGUUAUACCGAGCCUCUGUGGCCUUAACGCCAGCUCCCCCUGUGAGAGCAGGUGCUGGACAGCAAGCAGAAAGCCCCGAGGAGCUGGUGGACUCCAAGGCAGAGGUGGAACACAGCAAACUUGAAAAAGUCCCGCUGGUGCCUUCAGUUGAUGAAAUCCACAAGAGCGUGGAGCAGGAGGAGCUUCAGCAGGUCAUACGAGAGAUCAAGGAAUCUAUUGUUGGUGAAAUCCGACGCGAACUAGUAAGUGGGCUGUUAGCAGCUGUAUCGUCCCCGAGCAGAUCUGCAACUGCAAAACAAGAUUCACAGCCGUGAAGCGAGUACUACAGG